AUGAAUCUCUCUGGGAACACGUUUGGGAGCGUCACUGUUGGAGACAAUGCGCGAGCACACCUUGGGAAUAUCUACAACCGACACAGUGAGUCGAUCCCGAAGGCAGACUACCUGUGAGAGUUCUGACAUCGAGUACAGUAUCCGAGCCAACGCCAAAACGAGCUCCAGUCUUGUUAGUGCCGUUCCGUAAAGACAAAAACUUUGUUGGUCGCGAGGAGGUACUCGACAACAUUGAAGAGUGCCUCUCCGUUGAUGGGUACCACAAUCGCGUUGCGCUUACUGGUCUCGGCGGCGUAGGGUAUGUAUUCAAUGAGUACCUGCUAGCUCUUCGAAGACUAAUGUUGGUCUUAGCAAGUCACAGAUUGCCAUUCAAUACUCGUACAGACAUCACGCAAAGCAUCCAGAAGACUGGGUGUUUUGGGUCUAUGCUGGCUCACGGGAACGAUUUAUCGAGUCAUAUCGCAACAUCGCAAUCCAGACAGGUAUCGUGAAGGAUGACGAUGCCAAUGUGAAUUAUCUCAGGGUGGUGAAGAACUGGCUCUGCGAUCGCAACAAAGGUCGCUGGCUCCUCGUGAUUGACAGUGCCGACGACAAUGAAUUAUUCGUCGCCGACGGUGGUGGGGAAGCCAGAUUGAACCUGCGGCAGAGUAUCCCGGAAAGUGAGCACGGAGCCGUACUGAUCACUUCACGGAACAUCACUGGACCCGAUCUUGCUGGCGAUAUCGACGAUGUGCUGCGUAUCGGACCCUUCGAGGAAUCUACGGCCCUUCAGUUGAUGAGGAUGAAAGUACCUUCCUUCGCAGAGGAUAUUGACGGAAAACAACUGGUCUCCACACUGGAGUACAUCCCACUCGCUCUUACACAAGCCGCCGCUUAUAUCAAUAGGAACCAAGUCUCCGUGCAGUACUAUCUCCAACGAUUUCAACAAGAAGAGCAGCAGCAAGUUGAGUUGCUCGGCAAAGACUGGAACGACUUGCGGCGAGAUGCUACAGUUUCCAACCCAGUCCUCACAACAUGGAGAAUGACCUACGACCAGCUCGUCCAGAGUCAUCGCUUGGCUGCCCAAUUGCUGGCGCGCAUGGCUCUUCUUGAACGCCAAUGCAUUCCGGAGAUACUGGUACUCAGAAUGCGGAACGAUGCCCCAGACAACGAUCGCGUUGAAGCCAUGGGGACGUUGCUACAGUACGGACUUUGCACCCAGCUUGAUGCGGAGCAAGGCUAUACUAUGCAUCGACUUGUGCAAGUCUGUACGAAAGCUUGGCUGCGAAAAGCAGGAGUGGCGAGAAGAUAG